CGGCCGUGCCCGCGCCGGCGGCGGCCCCAGCGAGGGGCUCUGGGCUCCGCUCCGCGCUCCGCCGCCUCCAUGGAGCGCCGGCCGCGCCGCCUCUGAUGCCCGGCCCGGCGCGCACCAUGGGGCCGCUGUGGCUCUGCUGCCUGCCCCUCGCCCUCCUGCCCCUGCUCGCCGCCGUGGAAGAGACACUGAUGGACUCCACCACGGCGACAGCAGAGCUGGGCUGGACCGUGCAUCCUCCAUCAGGGUGGGAAGAGGUGAGUGGGUACGACGAGAACAUGAACACGAUCCGCACCUACCAGGUGUGCAACGUCUUUGAAUCCAGCCAGAACAACUGGCUCCGGACCAAGUACAUCCGGAGGCGAGGAGCACACCGCAUCCACGUGGAGAUGAAAUUUUCUGUCCGGGACUGCAGCAGCAUCCCCAAUGUCCCAGGCUCCUGUAAGGAGACUUUUAACCUCUACUAUUUCGAGUCAGACUUCGACUCGGCCACCAAGACUUUUCCUAACUGGAUGGAGAAUCCUUGGAUGAAGGUGGACACAAUUGCUGCUGAUGAGAGCUUCUCACAGGUGGACUUAGGUGGACGGGUGAUGAAGAUCAACACUGAGGUGCGCAGUUUUGGGCCUGUCUCCAAGAAUGGUUUCUACCUGGCCUUCCAGGACUAUGGGGGCUGCAUGUCCCUGAUUGCCGUCCGUGUCUUCUACCGCAAAUGUCCCCGUGUGAUCCAGAACGGGGCCGUCUUCCAAGAAACCCUGUCGGGAGCAGAGAGCACCUCGCUGGUGGCAGCCAGGGGCACGUGCAUUGCCAAUGCCGAGGAGGUGGACGUGCCCAUCAAGCUGUACUGCAACGGGGACGGCGAGUGGCUGGUGCCCAUCGGCCGCUGCAUGUGCCGGGCCGGCUACGAGUCGGUGGAGAACGGGACCGUCUGCAGAGGCUGCCCCUCGGGAACAUUCAAGGCCAGCCAGGGGGAUGAAGGGUGUGUCCACUGCCCCAUCAACAGCCGGACAACCUCGGAAGGGGCCACAAACUGCGUGUGCCGAAAUGGAUAUUACCGGGCAGACGCCGACCCUGUGGACAUGCCGUGCACCACCAUCCCGUCUGCCCCCCAGGCCGUGAUCUCCAGCGUGAACGAGACGUCGCUGAUGCUGGAGUGGAGCCCGCCGCGGGACUCGGGGGGCCGGGAGGACCUGGUGUACAACAUCAUCUGCAAGAGCUGCGGGGCGGGCCGCGGGGCCUGCACGCGCUGCGGGGACAACGUGCAGUUCGCCCCGCGCCAGCUGGGCCUCACCGAGCCUCGCAUCUACAUCAGCGACCUGCUGGCACACACCCAGUACACCUUCGAGAUCCAGGCCGUCAACGGCGUCACCGACCAGAGCCCCUUCUCCCCGCAGUUCGCCUCCGUCAACAUCACCACCAACCAGGCCGCCCCUUCUGCUGUGUCCAUCAUGCACCAGGUGAGCCGCACCGUGGACAGCAUCACCCUCUCCUGGUCCCAGCCCGACCAGCCCAAUGGAGUCAUCCUGGACUAUGAGCUGCAGUAUUACGAGAAGGACCUGAGCGAGUUGAACUCCACCACGGUGAAGAGCCCCACCAACACGGUGGCAGUGCAGAACCUCAAGGCUGGCACCAUCUACGUGUUCCAGGUGCGGGCGCGCACCGUGGCCGGCUACGGCCGCUACAGUGGCAAGAUGUAUUUCCAGACCAUGACUGAAGCCGAGUACCAGACCAGCGUGCAGGAGAAGCUGCCGCUCAUCGUGGGCUCCUCGGCGGCAGGGCUGGUGUUCCUCAUCGCCGUGGUGGUCAUCGGCAUCGUGUGCAGCAGAAGACGGGGCUUCGAGCGCGCUGACUCGGAGUACACGGACAAGCUGCAGCACUACACCAGCGGCCACAUGACUCCAGGGAUGAAGAUUUAUAUUGAUCCUUUCACCUACGAAGAUCCCAAUGAGGCUGUCAGGGAAUUUGCAAAAGAAAUCGAUAUCUCUUGUGUCAAAAUUGAGCAGGUGAUUGGGGCAGGGGAGUUUGGUGAGGUGUGCAGUGGGCAUCUCAAGCUUCCAGGCAAAAGAGAGAUCUUUGUGGCCAUCAAGACCCUCAAAUCUGGCUACACGGAGAAGCAGAGGCGAGACUUCCUGAGUGAGGCCAGCAUCAUGGGGCAAUUCGACCACCCCAACGUCAUCCACCUGGAGGGGGUGGUCACCAAGAGCUCUCCAGUCAUGAUCAUCACUGAGUUCAUGGAGAAUGGCUCACUGGACUCCUUCCUACGGCAAAACGACGGGCAGUUCACGGUGAUCCAGCUGGUGGGGAUGCUGCGGGGCAUCGCCGCGGGCAUGAAGUACCUGGCGGACAUGAACUACGUGCACCGGGACCUGGCCGCCCGCAACAUCCUGGUCAACAGCAACCUGGUGUGCAAGGUGUCCGACUUCGGCCUCUCCCGCUUCCUGGAGGACGACACCUCCGACCCCACCUACACCAGCGCCCUGGGUGGGAAGAUCCCGAUCCGAUGGACGGCGCCUGAGGCCAUUCAGUACCGAAAGUUCACCUCGGCCAGCGACGUGUGGAGCUAUGGAAUAGUCAUGUGGGAGGUGAUGUCCUACGGAGAGCGGCCCUACUGGGACAUGACCAACCAGGAUGUGAUAAAUGCCAUCGAGCAGGACUAUCGGCUGCCACCACCCAUGGACUGCCCAAAUGCCCUUCACCAGCUGAUGCUUGACUGUUGGCAGAAGGAUCGGAACCACAGGCCCAAAUUUGGGCAAAUUGUCAACACCUUGGAUAAAAUGAUCCGAAAUCCCAACAGCCUGAAAGCCAUGGCACCUCUCUCCUCUGGGAUGAACCUCCCCCUCCUUGACCGCACAAUCCCGGAUUACACCAGCUUCAACACUGUGGAUGAAUGGCUGGAUGCCAUCAAGAUGAGCCAGUACAAGGAGAGCUUUGCCAGCGCUGGCUUCACCACUUUUGAUGUAGUAUCUCAGAUGACUGUAGAGGACAUUCUGCGAGUCGGGGUCACUUUAGCAGGACACCAGAAGAAAAUUCUGAACAGUAUCCAGGUGAUGAGAGCACAGAUGAACCAAAUCCAGUCUGUGGAGGUUUGAUAGCUGCCUGUCCUCCUGCUCCUCCUCCUCCAGGCCCUGCUCCCCUUUGCCCCUGUGUGUCCAAGCUCCAGUUCCUGAGUGUUCUGCAUGGACCAGAGGCAGGCAGCUGCUCUGAGGAUCACGGCAGCAGGAGGGAACACCCUGUCCUCAACAAUGAGAAGUUGCCAAGAGCUUCUAGAAUUUAAGCAAUGGAAAAAGGGAAUGAAAAAAAUAAAAAGGACAACUAUUUUGAAAAAAAAAAAAAAAACAAACGAACAAACUACAAAAUAUUUUUAAAUAAUAAUAAAGCAAUUGCAUUCUUGAAAAGGGCUCCAAGACCAGUGGGAGUCUCCAAAGGAAGAGAAAAGAGCAGCUUCAUGUUUCCUCUUGCACAAGGCUGCUGCAGCUGGACCCAGGCACCUCUGGAGCAGUGGGACUCCUCCAGGAAGAGGAAUGCAAGGAGAGGCCACGAGAAGCACAUCUCUUCCUCCCAUGGGCUCUGGGAAUGCUGUGAGCCAGGCCCUUCCCCAGAGCCCCUGUCAGCAGAUCAGACAGGGAGAGCUGAAGCUCUUUGGUGCUGUGGAACCAAGUGCAUCUCAGAAACUGAUGGACUCCUUCAAAAGCUGAAGACUUUUUUUUAAAAAAAAACAAAACAACAAAAACACAACAAAUAAACUAAGACUAGAGGAGGCUGUUUCCGACAAAUGAGAAGGAAUCUGUAAUGCCUGGGGGGGUGGGGAUGGGGAAAACCAAUCCUUUUUACAUCUCUUAUUUUCUCUUGUCAUGGAACAGUUUUGUGAGUGACAGUUUCCUAAGGGUCCGUCCAUCCACCCUCCAAUGGCAUCAUGUCUCAUACAUAUCAUUGCUCAAGACUUUUAGUGAUGUCCUUUCUAGAUGCCAAUGAUCUUUUCCCAGAAGACUUCCCAAGUACAGUAUGUAGUAGUUUUUGAUUACAAAUGCUGACGUGUACCUUUAUUUUUCAGUUGUCAUUGUUGGGAGAUUUGUCCUUUUACAUUGUUUUGUUAACAUCAGUUUGUGAGUUUGGGGUUGGAAAUUUUCGGUUGGUUGGGGGUUUGGGUUUUUUUAAUGAAAAAGAAAUGACAUCUCCAAGCAUCAUAUCAUCCAAGAACUUAAAACCCUUCCCUGUGGAAGGAAAAAUUGCAGCUUAUUGACCACAUGCCAGGAGAAAAAGGUUUUUUAUAUGCACAUUUCCUCCCGUUUGCUUAUUUGUUCUUUCCAAUUGGUCGUGGCACGACAGAUGUUUGUGGCUGUUGGGCUUCCAGGUGUUUGCCAAAGUGAAAUGGCCACCAGCUCAACUCGGGGGUGAGCAGCAUCACAGGAGGGUUGGGAGGGAAAUGGGGGAGGGUGGAUGGGUUUUGUGAGGGAAUGAUGACUCCACAGCUGGCUUCAGAGCCCUUUGGAAGUGUCUGGCUGCUGAGGAAGUGUUGGAUUGGUGCAUGGGACAUGCAGGGCAAGCCCAGUCCUCUCAGAGGAGCUCGUGGCACAGCAUUUUGGAGUGGGGAUUGUGUUCUCUCCAGGUGGGGAUGGGUCCCUGCAGGUGCCAGGCUGUGCAGAUGGGCUCUGUGCCUUGGGGACUCUGUCCCUUUGUUGGGUGAUGCAGCUGCAAGCUCAGCCUCUCAUGUCAAAGAGAGCCUGGGACAGCAAAAGCUCCAAUCCCAGCUCUUGGGAGGCAGAAUGCUGUGGGUGAAGCUGAAUGGUCGAUCAGUGGGUUUGUAAAUAACUGAAAAAAAAUUCUUUAGUUACUGAUCAGGUCUUUGGGAUGUGUGAAUGCCACCAGCUAAGUGCAGGGAGGUGCAGAUGAGAAUCUGGUUGUUCUCUGUGCCCAACACCACCUUGCAUCCUUUGAAGCAUUCCACACAUGGCAUUUUCCCAACCCUCUCCUGGUUGUGGCCUCAGGACUGGCAUUCACAACUCCUUGUCUGCCAUUGCCAUGGCGUUCCUGGGCUCCCCCUCUUGUUUUUGGCAGCAAGGAGUGCUGAAGGCACGUUCACUGGGAGCUGCCUGGCUGUAUUUUCCAGGAGCUGAAUCCAAGAGGAAGUGUGUCUGCUGUGGAUGAAAAUCCCAGGCUGUCUAGACCUUGGUGGCCAGACACCAUCUCCCCAGACUGCUUGUAAAAUACGAGGUCCUUUAUUAAAUACUUCUAGCAUUUUCUACUGCCAGACCAGAUCCAACAACAAAGCCCUUGUGAGUGGCAUCAGAGCAGUCCCUGCAAGCAAGACUUCUCUCCCGAGCUCUUGCCCUGUCCCAGGGUUUGGUGCUCCAGCAGCAGGGGCUUUCAGUGGAGGAACUGUCCCUCCAGCCCCUAUUAAUCCAAAAUCUCUAGUGCAGGGGUGUGUUUGUGUUUGCACCCAGCCUGGGUUUGCAGCUCUGGACUUGCCUGUGGUGAUGGCAGCCAGGAGGUGUGUGCUGGGUGCCAGGGUCCUGUCUGAGCUCAGUGCCUUCAGGGCAUCCCCUGUGACAGCCCCAGCGUGGCUGGCAGGGGCACAGAGUGGUGUAGACAUGGGGUGUGCAGGUGCUACCUGGAUGGGCAGCUCUGCCCUAAACCCAGCCUGGUUUAGCCUGUGUAUCCAAAGGGAUACUUGGAAUGCCUUUGCACCCAGAAAGCACUCGCUCCUGGGCAGGUGAUGGGCUCAGCUUUGAAAGGACAUGAAAAAUCCCUGGAGGUGUUUGCAGAGGGCACACAGGGAGGCCAGGAGCCCCAGUGGCGUGUCUGUCCCACAUGGUGGCCGCUGUGCUGUGACAAGGAGCACUUGUCCCUUGUGCCAAAGGCAUGUGGAGCUCUCUGAGGGCACGAUGGUGCUGUGCCAGCUGCCCAGCCACAGCCAGGAGUGACCUGCCUACAAAACUCACCAGCAGAUUCCCGUGGGGCAGCCAUGUGGAAGGAGCACAUGAUGCCCCUCACUUGUCCUCCCCAGACAAUUCCUGACUGUUCUCUGCCACCCCCGACAUUCCUGCAGACACUAAGGAGGAGCAAUGCUCCCUGCAGAGCCACCCAGGCCUUGGAAGGGCACUUCAGGUCUUCUUCAUCUGGAGACAUUUUGUCUCAAUGCACUGAAUCUCCUCGCUGGCUGCUGCAGACACAUCUACCUGCCAGACCCAGCCCACUGUGAAGGACAGGCCCAGUGCCACAGCCCCCAGAGCUGUGGCAGCCAUCUGCAGGACAGAGAAAGCCCAUCCUUGUCUCUUCUUCUGACCAAAAAUCCCAUGGUGGUGGUGGUACUAAAAGUAACACCUUCCCAUCUGUUUAUACCAGACAUGGCUGUGACAGCUGUGUUUGGCUGUGUAGGACUAAUGAAGAGCUGGACUAAAAUAGGCAUGGUCCAGAAAACACUGCAGUUUUUGCAUCCUUCAGCUCUCCUGGGAGCACGAGCAGCCGAGUUCCUGUCAAGUGCUGUGGUUGUAAACGCCUCUGGCACAUGCUGCAGAGUGAGGGCAGAGGCACUGGAGUGACAAUAACAGAUUUAUUUCAUGGCUCUCCAAUGUACUGCUACGAAUUGGGAGUCUAAUGGGAAACUCAGUGUGUUCCAAGGGGAAAAGGCACUUGCUAACAUUGACACUGUGAAAUGCUGUUGUGCUUGUGCAUGUGUGCAUGUGUGGGUACGUAACAAAAUCAUCACAUGGAGAUUUUCAGGCAGCUUGUUGCAAUUUUCACAUUUCCUCUUUACCUUUCAAGCUACCUCCCAGCCCUUCCCUUCUCCCAUUCCCACUUCCUGCUGAGGAUCAGCCUGUGGAGGGUGUUUGGUGGGAAUGCUCAGCAGGUUGGAUGUUCUCAGUUGGUUCAAAUCUUGCGGAGCAUCACAGGGCAGAGCAGAGGAAGCAAAGCAUAUGUGGACAGUAAAAAGUUAAAAUGUGCUUUGUAGGUGACUUCCAGCUGUUGCCACCAGCCCAUUUGCUGGAAUAACAGCCCAGGGGUGUGGAGAAGAAAGGAAGAACAGACCUGUAAGACACAGCACUGCCAUGAGGAAUCACUUGUCCUAGUGGCCGUGGGGACACAAAACAGGGCACUGUGAGCUGCACAUCCCCUCCCCAAAGGAUCUGCUCUCCUCCCUAGUAAACCCUCAGAACUGCCUUUCAUCAAUUAGUGGGGUUUUGUGCUUUUCAGCAGCUGAGGUGCUUCUCCUCUCCCUAACACCCUCCCUGCCGAGCAGCAGCUUCCAAAGGCAGCAGUCCGUGCUGGGGCUUCCGUGUGAUCCAGAUAAACGUGGCUGUCCCAGGGUUUCCCACUGCUGCAGGGCUCCUUUAGUGCUCUAACCCCAGGGAUCCAUCCCAUGGCUCCACUGCAGUUGUACAGCAGGGUCAGCUCAUGGACACACGCCAGGGUAAGGGCAGGGCUGGGGGACUGGGGACACAGCAGAGCUCCAUCCCUGUGAGCUCUGCCUGGCAGGAUCCCCUGUCCCCAGAGCAGGAUCCUGCUCUCCUCACUGCCUGGAGCUGCUCCCUGCUGGCCUGGCCUGAGCUGAGCAGAGGGACCUUCAGCAGCACCAGCUGCUGGCUGCUCUGCAGGGCUUUUCCCACACUCCCUGGAGCUGCUCUUGGAAUCUGGGUUAAAGGAAAGGUUGUUCCCCGGGAAUCAUCACCCAGGCUCUGGAUUAGCGGUGACCUCUAGAGAGAACCUCUUGGAGGGUUUGAGCAGCUGAGGAAACUUCUUGUUAUAUUUGCCAGGCUGAUUUAUAUUAAUCCUGGAGUCAGGGCUUGAACUCUGCUGCAUCGUUAACAGUUGUAUCCUCUGAUGAUGCAAUAAAUCUGGGGCUGCCUUGGAUGUACAGCAGAGUACUGGAAGUGUCGCUGCUGUCUGCUUUGGUUUAGUGGAGUUUAUUGUUUUAAUGUAAAUCAUCUUCUUUCCUGUAUGUCUAACUUGAGGCUGAUUUAAUGUAGGUCUUUUUCCAUCCUCAAAAAUGUUACAUAUUUGCAAGUUCUUCACAUACAGGAUUCAAUUUUUUUUAUCUACAGUCACAUCUUGGCGUUUUUUAUUUAAACUUAUUCAGGACGUCUUUGCUUCUUGUAGUUCUUUGCCCUUGCCAGGACACAACCUUGGCCUGUGUUUGCUUCCAUAUGUGUUCCAAUCUUCCACUGCUCUCCCAGAAAACUCCCUGCACUCUCCAAAUGUUUCCUGGAAUUUACCUCCUUGCUGCCCCUGUGUAAACUCCUGCCAACUCCACUGACAAAUGUUAUUUGCAGAAAUUUGGGACUGGAAGCAAGAAGUCCUCUCUCCCCACAAAUCUUUUCCUGAAUCUGCAUUCCUGCUCUCUUAACACUCAUUCAGCAGUACCUCUCCCAUUUUUCUCCUUCUUACAUUCUGCAAGAAAUUCCUCUGUGAGCUCUGCAGGAGUGCAGCAGCAGUGCCACUCUGUCUCCUGGUCUGGUUCCACGGGGACAUCCCAGUGCCCCAUUGCCACCCCUGCAAACAAACCACAACUCAGCCUUGCAGGCCUCAUUUUUUAUCAGCAACUCCAUUUUGCCUUCAUGGAAAAAAGAACAACAAACACUUGGCUGAUCCAUUUCCAACUCUUUUGUUCCAGUAAACUUGAGGAAUUGUUCACGUGCAACUGUAGCUUCAACUUCUACCUCUGGGGUCGGUCUGGAGCUCUUGUACAGAUGUCAUGCUGUAUCCUUUGGUUAUUCCAACUAAGUCGGGGAGGGAAGGAAUAAUUUUUGUCUUUAAGAGCCAAACAGCUGUGUUAAGAAAAACUAAUGGAAGGGGUUCAAGGAGGAGCCCUGCCCAUGGCAGGGAGUUGGAACAAGAUGAUCUUUAAGGUCCUUUCCAACCCAAAGCAUGCCAGGAUUCCAUGAGGACUCUACCUGAGGAUGAAGCUGGCAGGCAGAGCCCCCUUUUCCCCAAAUGGCCUUUGGUCUGAACUUCAGCUCACUGACCCCAGGCUGAGUGGGCUGGGUUGGGAGAUAGAGGCUGGUAAAAUCACCAGUCUGGGACAGAUGGUGUGGCACACCCACAGCCUGGCUUGGCCUUUGCUGGUGGAGAAUAAAUGUGAAAUCUCUGAUUGCUAUCAAAUAUUGGCAUUCAGGAGCCUUCACACAAGGUUACGAGCUGGUGGAUUUUUGAUGUGCUGGCUCUGCAAAUGCUGGAGGUGCUUCCACUCAAAAGGGAUACACAGAAAUGAAGGAAUAAAUAUACAGAUAGGUGCAGCCAGAUCAGGGCUUCUGUAACAGCCAGAACUCUGUGGGAGGUAUAAAAGAUAAAUAGAUUUUGAUUCUUGGUUCUGGCAGAUGUAAUUCACAAUGAUAAAAAUUUCAUGCCCUUAAAUCAGAAAAGAUGUGAGAAAGGUGAGAAAGCAGCAGUCACUGCUUCUGACAGUAACAUCUCGAAGGCAGGGGAAGCAGAAUAUUCCUUGGCACAGAGCACAGUGGUUGGAGGGUGGAACUCAUGGCUGAACAUGGAUAACCACCACUAGAUGGAUUGAUAGGAAAAGGAGAGAUGACUUUAAGCUAAAGGAGCAUAAGUUUAGGUUGGAUUUUAGGAAGAAAUCCUUCCCUGUGAUGAUGGGGAGGCCCUGGCACAGUUUCCCCAGAGCAGCUGUGGCUGCCCCAUUCCUGGAAGUGCCCAAGGCCAGGCUGGAUGGGGCUUGGAGCAACCUGGGAUAGUGGAAGGUGUCCCUGCCCAUGGCAGGGGGUGGGACUGGAUGAGCUUUAAGGUCCUUUCCAACCCAAAAUGUUCUGGGAUUCAAAAAGUGACUGAACGAACUUCUAAAAGACUAACCUUGACACAAAAAUACCUCUUCCAAUUUCUCUGGGUCAUGGAUGCCUGGGGGCACAGGGUGUAUAACAGGAUUCCUGCAAAAAUUCUUUAAUUCAAUCAUAUUCUUGGGACUGACACAUUCUACUGACACAUCUUUAAAAGCCCAAACACUCCAUCAAGCAUCUUUGCUUUUCCAUUUUCACUCUUUCUGGGGAAGGAUUUCUGUGUGGAGCCAGUAGGCUUCCCAUGUCAGAGGAAACCUCUUGCUUCCUCCUCCCAAUUUCUUGUGUAUCCUAAGGCAUCCCUGGGGCUCAGGAAAAGCCCAAAAAGAGAGAUUGACUGGGUGAUCCAUCAUGUGUUGGAUGUGGAAGCUCUCUGUGGAAGCAUUCUUACCUCAAACCUCCUUUCAUGACCUGGAGACCCUUAGGAGUGCUGGGUAUGAGAGAUCCCUGUCCUUCCCUUCCUCUGCUCUAGAGAGGUUUCUGACAGUGAGAUUUGUUCCUCUGCAUUGACUGGCUCUGCCUUGUGACCUGCUGGUUGUUUGGGAACUGACCAUGAGUCCAAAUGGAUGUGUCAGAGCUGCCUCAAAAGUAAAACACAGGAAAGGAGACUGGGACAAGCUUCUAAAAGGGCAAAAAGCUCUUGGUGCAAUGGAGCAAUUCAGGGCUGGGCUGGGGAGUGCAGGGAAGUCCCAGAGGGGUCCCAGAGCAGGCAUUGAUAUUGAAUGGCUCCAGGAUAGGAUGCAGGCAGGGAUUAAGUGCAAGGUUUGGUUCUGAGUGCUGGCCCAGCUAUGAAGAUGAAUUUGUUCUUUAUGUCCUGGGAAGAACUUAGAUCCGGACAUUAAAACCCUUCAUUGCUCAAUCUGCCUUGAUGGCACAAGUGAAAAGGUCUUUGGCACAGGCAGGGAUUUUUAUCCCUCUGCAGAGCAGCCCAGGAAUGUGGGAGAAGGGUCAGGCUGGAGCUGAAGGGUCCCUGAGUGUGUCUUCCUGGCCCUUGCAGACCCUUGUGAGCUGCAGGGGACCAGGGAAGGGGCAGGUUUGGUGCACCAGUGCUUCUUGCUUGGCCCCACCUGGGCUCUGGUCUCCAGGAGGAAUGGAUGGGUUAUGAGCUCUCUGAUGGUUCUUUUUCCCUCUAAAAAUCCCAGCUUCUGUGUCUAGGAUCCCAGGAGCAUUGGGAUCAUAGGAAAAUUCCUGCUUUUAGUGAAGGACGGUGCAGCCCUCAUGUGAGGUGGCCAAGGUUCAGGGCUGUAGGUUUCAUGUUGGCCUUUCUCUGAAGUACAGAGAAACAAAGUUCAGAUUGCAGGAGCUCCCAAAAUCCUCCCGGGUUCUGGAGUGAGGACUUGCUCAGGGUGAGGCUGUCAGGUGUGGCUGGGUCCCUCAGGUCUGUAGAAGCACUCACCAUCCAUCCUUCAAGCUCCAGAGUUUUCUUUUCAAGCUGUUCAACAGUGGAGGCAAGUGAAACAGCCCAGCUCCCCCUGCCCAUGGGCAGAGGGACAGACAAGUGUGGUCAUUCCUAUCCAAUCCUACAGUGGGAUCUGAGCAGUGAAAAGCCUGGUUUGAGCAGGGGAGCAAGGAAAGCCUCCUUGGAGGGUGAGAGAGUUGGAGACACUAAGCAGGAGCUGCAGCCUGUGGAUGCCCUGACAAGGAGAGCGGUGCUGGUGCCGGGCUGUGGGCGCCCUCCUGGAUCCUCCAGGCUCUCCUGCCCGAGUCCUGGGUCCUGGCUUUGCUUCUGCCCUCUUAGGAUGAUCCUCCAAGACCCCCCAUCACAGCACAUCCCCUGCCAUCCUGGAGAUGGAGGGGGAGAAAUCAAGGAUCAGAGAUAGGGACGUGCAUCUGCUUCUUCUUUGUGGAUCCACAGCCCCUGCAUUGGAGAUUUCUGUUGGGUGCCCUCCUCCAGUGACUUCUCUAUUCAUUUUUCAGCCUGUGACUCUUGCACCCAUUUCUUUGUCAUUGCUUGUCCUCCAGCUCUCUCUCUCUCUGCUGUUUCUUUGCCCUCUGUCCCCUCCCCAGUAUGGAAGGGCGGGUGAUUUGUUCAGGUUUGGGCCAUAGCCAGGGGUUCCCUUCCUUGGAGCUGGCUCAGCACGUCUCUGCAGGGAACCUCUGUUUAGCUACAUCCCUUCCCAUUAAAAAAUCCCCCCUUUGCCUCCCGUUCUUUCUGGAAGCAUCCCCCUCACAUCACAGAUCUUCCUGGAUAAAGCAGUAGGAAGGUGUGUGAAGGCAGAUCUGGUGUGUCAGGAUCCCUGGCCAGUGUUCCCUAGGGCAGCUCAGGGAAAGGCUCCAGCCCUGCCUCUUGCCACAGGAGAAGGAGGAGCACAUCCAUCAGCGUUAGAACACAAUUCGUAUUUCCAGGUUUGCUUUGGAAGGGCUUUGCUGACCUUGUGUCACUCCCUGCCAUGCUGUUUGCAUUGAUGUGAACUCAGUCUACCCAGGGAGUGCUUUGAGGCCCUGGUUUAAGUUUGGGGAGCCUGGGGGUGUUCUGCCCCUGAAGCCAGAGCUGAGGAGUCACAGUUCUUGCUGGAUAAAUGAGCCUGGUUCUUCCAAAAACGUCCCAAAUAAAGGCAUGACCCUUCUCACUUCUCCAAGCUGUGGUCUGAGAGCAUUGGGGAGCAGGAAACAGGAGUUUGGGAGCUCAGAGAUCUCCUCUCAGGAUGAGCUGGGCACAGGUACCCAAACAUCCUUCCUGUGCCAUCAUCCACCCAUGGCCUUCUGAGGAACUGAAGAGCCAACGGAGCUGUCUGUGCUCCCUUUCCAAGAGACUCCUUGCAGGGAAGAUUUUUUCCUGGCUCAGGUACCAAAUCCCAAGAAGGUCCCAGAGGGAAGGGGGGUGACAGUGAGGUGGCAGGAGAGAUGUGGCAGGGAAUUGUCCAUCAGGGCAUUGGCUCCUGUGAUCUGCUGAUGGGGCCCUCCUGCAGGACACGGUGUGACACAUCUGUUGUGAAAUGUCCUUCCUUGGGAGAGCUGUGGAGGAGCUGCUGAUGGCACAGGGAGGGUUGCAGGGAGAGGAGCUUUGCCAGGCUCUGACCUCGUGGUCGUGGCUCUGGAAGGAACUGCAGAGUGGGAUGGGGAAAUGGGGUGAGUCCUUCAGCCCCCCAAAGACAAGAGUGUCAACACUGUGUCCUGUCCUCCCCUGCCACCAGACCCAGGACCCAUCACUGGGCUCCACGGUGUCCCAGCCCUGGCUUCCUGCUCUUUCUGCCUGUUGGCCGUGACCCUGAGGACAACAGAACACUUCUCAUGACAGUAUUUGUAUUUUUUUUAAUUGUGAAUGGGGAGAUCAUGUGCAGGUCCUUGUUACACAGGGAUGUGUCUUCCAUUCAGCCCAGGGCUUCCCUGGCUUUGUCAGAUGUCUUUCGAUGUUACUGAGAAUAAAUAAAUAAAUAAAUAAAUAAAUCAGAUGUAUUUAUAAAGGAAACAGAAACCUGCUGCUCCAAUGUCUUUGUAGGAGUAUUUUUAACAAAACAUUUUUUCAAAAUAAAUGUGAAUUGUAAAGUUUGAA